AUGGCGGGACCUUUGCUUCGCCUAGAGGGGCAGGAGGCCUGGGUCAGCCUGCUGAGACAACUGGCGCUCCAGUCACUUCCGGGACUGCCGCGUGGCGAGGAGAUGGCCUCCCGCUUUAUCUCGAUCUUGCAGUGGGUGGCUUCCUGCGAUGCCCAGGCCGCUUGCCCUCCUUUCUUCGACUUUGCAUUUCAGGAGCUCGCGCAUCGAGUGCAUGAACUUCCGCGAGCAGACAUCCGCCACGCAGCUGAGCUGCUGAGUCAGGUUCACCUGGAGCGACCUGAUCUGCUGCCUUCUGUGGCAUCCGCUUUGGCUCGGGCAGUGCAGCCGCCAGAAGAGCUGCCGGAGGUCGCAUUGUACCUUUCCACCCUGGCUGCGCUCUACUCGCGCGUGGCGGCCUUGCCCAAGAGUGAGGAAGCUUCCAGCCACGAGGAAAGACAAACCGCCUUGAUGGCUCUGGCGGAGAAGCUGUCGGGAGGGGCCGAGAGGGUACAGGAUCUGCUGACUCCAAGCACUGUGGCACACGACGCUACCUUCCUGGCCCUAUCGGCCUUCGCACAGGCUGUAUGCAGACCUGUGGAUGAUGCGCCGGCCGCCAGAGAGCUGCUUCUGCAGGCAGGCCUGCGACUCUUUGACAGCUUGUGCCAGACAUGGAGCAGCGACGGAGAGGAGCCAGGAGAGCCUCGGUUCUCUCCGCAGCAUGUGCACAUCUUCAUCACUGCCCUGCGCAGCUUCUGUGUCGGAAAGGGCUCUGCGUCACCUCCAGCAUCCUGCCUUGACGUUCUACAAGGUGUGGUAAAGCACACGGUCGCAUCCGCAGCAGACAAGGAGGCGCGCCUGUGUCUCGCAGUUCUGCAAGAACUGGCCGCUGAUCCGGCCUGUCCUGGCUCACUCAAGGCAAUCCUCCCAGGAAAGGAGGCGAACGAGGUGCACAGUAUGCAGGGCGGCGAACCAAGUGGCCCUGGUGGAACUGCCCAGCGGCGCAUGCGGGCUGCGAUGGCCGCUUCGCCGGGCAGUGAAGGAGCCAGCUUUGCGAGAGAAGGCCAGGAGCGUGGAUUCCUUCGGAGGAUGUUUGGGCUUUAG